AUGAGUUUUGAAGACACUCAGGCUAUUUCCAAUUCAAGCACGCACAAUGAUUUACCAAGUGAGCCAGUUUUGUUUCUUACUGAUGAUGUAGGUUAUAAUGAAAUGUUAUUUAAUGAAAACCAGGAAGAGAGUUUCACGUCAAUAAGUAGCGGAUCAAGCAGUGCACCAAGUCAUACUCCAAGCAUUAAUAAUACUCCGACAAAACGUAUGAAGGUGACUGCUGUACAUGAUUAUAUUAUUGAACAAUCUGAUGGCUCAAUACUUUGUAAAAUAUGUCGUGUUCGCUUUGAAAAGAAGACUGCAACAUCAACAAUGACUUGA